UCCCAGAAAGAUGGCGUUCAUCCUUUGAAUUCAUCACGAUCAAUGCAAGGUUUGUUUACAGUAAAGGUGACAUCGUUGCUGUGUCCUCGGCACGAAAUGGAAGAACCCAGAAUUAAGUACAUUCCUCUACGAGAUCGUGUUGGAUAAGCUGUGGAAAAAAACAUGUCGCUAAGCCGUAAGGCGAUGUCUACACUAAUGCAAGUUUUAAGAGGAGAACACAAGGAACAUGGGCUACUUGCCACACAUUUAACUUCUCACCAAUCACCAACAUUGAAAGAGCAAGGGAAUCACUUGGAUCAAGGAACACAUAAAAGUGAUGGAUCUGUGGUAACAACCAAGUUUGUCUCAGACAAGAAGUCCAGUGACACUGCAGAAGCAAUGGAAGUGGAAGCAGAAAGACAUACAUCUUCGAAAGAACCUCCAGAGCAGCCAUAUGCACAAUCACAUACAUCCACAUCUCCUAGAGAUAAUUUGGCAGUUACUGGGAGAACUGGUGGUAAUGGCAUCAUGUCAGUUGAUAACCAUUAUGGUCUGGAGGUUGGAUCUAUGGUAGAGGUUCCUGUGGCAGAUGGUGUUGCAAGAUGUGGUGUUAUUCGUUGGAUAGGGAGUAUUCCAGAAGUAAAGGGAAAGCUGGUGGCAGGUCUGGAAUUGGAAUUGGAGGAGUCAGCAUGUUCAGAUGGGACUUUUUCUGGAGGUAGAUAUCAUAAAGAGAGAUACUUCACCUGUCCAGCAGGAAGAGGUUUCUUUGUUCUAUUGGAACAUUGCCGACCAGAUUCCCGCUUUGCUAACUCAGCAACCACUGAUGUCGGUUUAAAUGCUGAAAGAGACUUUGCAAGCAUGCCAUCUCCAGAAGUGCAAGGCAUAACCGAGCCUCCAAAAACUCUUGAGGAGAAAUACUGUGGACUCAUGCAUGGUCUCCAGGGUCACCAUAGCUCAUGCUACCUAGAUGCCACACUUUUCAGUAUGUUCGCCUUCACAAUUGUGUUUGACACCCUGCUGCAUCGUCGCCGAAAAGACGACGAUUUGGAGGAAUAUGAUAAAGUGCAGAGUGUUCUGAGAAACUGCGUACUGAGACGUUUUUCUCAUACUUUUUAAAUGCUUUUCGCGUGGCAAAAUUCACUUGAAUGUGACAUUUUCAUGCGAAAUGACCAAAGAAAUCAUACGGAGAUCCUGUGUAGAUUUUACUUUUGAGAGAAGACUGAGCGCACGCAGUUAAACAACCAGUUGGGUGUUACUGCGAUGCCACUCGGUUUACUUACUCAAGCAACGGUGUCCGGUCUUUUCGUCCAAGAGUCUUUUCGUCCGAAAGUGUUUUCGUCCGAGUCUUUUCGUCCAAAAA